AUGAAAAUAGAAGGAGAUAGUGGCUCCCCUUUGCUGAGAGUGAUCCACAGCACUACUCUCCAUUCUCUUCACAAACAAAUACACAGAGCAUAAGGGAUUGGAACAGACAUCAGCAGGACCUUGAUAAGAAAAAAACCUUAAAGUAAGAUCCUACUCCUCAACAGGAAUUUAAUAACACUUGCUAAGAGAAUGCCUUCUGUCAAUGAUACCCAGUUCCACCCCCUCUUCUUUCUCCUACUAGGAAUACCAGGACUAGAAACUGUACAUAUAUGGAUUGCUUUCCCAUUCUGCAUUGUGUACCUGGUUGCCCUUGUGGGAAACAUCACCAUUCUCUUUGUGAUCAAGACUGAACACAGUCUCCACCAGCCUAUGUUCUACUUCUUGGUCAUGUUGUCUGUGAUUGACCUGGGUCUCUCCACAUCCACAGUCCCCAAAAUGUUGGGCAUCUUCUGGUUCAACCUCCAAGAAAUCAGCUUCGGAAGCUGCCUAGCUCAGAUGUUCUUUAUCCACAUGUUUACAGGCAUGGAGACUGUUCUACUGGUGGCCAUGGCUUAUGACCGUUUUGUUGCCAUCUGCAACCCUCUCCAGUACACAGUGAUCCUCACCAAUAAAACCAUCAGCAUCCUACUAUCUGUUGUUGUUGGGAGAAAUUUACUUCUUGUGACUCCAUUUGUGUUUCUCAUUCUGAGGCUGCCCUUCUGUGGACAUUACAUCAUCCCUCACACAUACUGUGAGCACAUGGGUCUUGCCAGGCUGGCCUGUGCCCCCAUCAAGGUCAACAUUAUCUAUGGGCUUAUGGUUAUUUCUAAUAUUAUUGUAGAUGUGAUCCUGAUUGCCUCUUCUUAUGUGCUUAUCCUUCGAGCUGUUUUCCGCCUUCCCUCUCAGGAAGCCCGACUAAAGGCUCUCAAUACCUGUGGUUCGCAUGUUUGUGUCAUGCUGUGCUUUUACACACCAGCAUUUUUUUCUUUUAUGACACACCGCUUUGGUCACAACAUUCCCCAUUAUAUCCACAUUCUUUUGGCUAAUGUAUACGUGGUUGUCCCACCUGCCCUUAAUCCCGUCAUCUAUGGAGUCAGGACCAAGCAGAUCCGGGAGCGCGUUAUAAAAAUAUUUGUAGAGAAAUAA